CUUAAUGGGUAAAUAAAGUAUAUGGAUGGCUUUGCCACUUGAGGUCUGUUAGUCAUGACGGGAAUACAGAGCUGUCUAAACGUUUCCAGGAUUUCUAAAUUGCUGCUUCGAGGUGUCUUUUUUUAUGCUACUUUUUUUGGAGUGAUUAGCUUUCGAAUCGAGAGAAAGAGCUCCCGUCUGGUAGCCAUCAAUAGUCGGGGUUACCUUUGGAUCUGCCUAGUAAUCCGACUUCUGACCUGUGGAUUUAAUGGCUAUAGUUACGAUAUAUGGGGUUCCCAAUAUGCCGAUUUCUAUAUUCGGGCUUUCUUCUCCCUUCGAUUGUACGGAUGUCUGAUCUGUAGUGCUAUUAUCAUGGUGCUGCAAUUUUGGUUCGGCGAGGAGCUACUUAUAUUGAUCAACCGAUUUCUAGAGCUCUUUCGGCGAAUGCGAAAUCUUACACAAUGCCAUAAAAAUGGAUUCGGUGACAAGAAUGAGUUUGCUUUGAUAACCGUUAAAGUUAUUUCCUUAAUUUUUGUAUUCAUAUCUUUUCGGUUUACGCACUCACCCUGGGUCCUGUUUACUAUAUUAUGCGAUUUAUACACCUCCAUUGGCACUGGAAUGAUUAUUCAUCUGUGUUUCGUUGGCUACCUCAGCAUUGGUGUCCUUUAUAAGGACUUGAAUAGUUAUGUGUUGUGUCAGUUAAAGACACAACUGAGUUCUCUGAAUGAAGACGACAUUGGAUUAAAUCAACAGCCCACUCGUGAGGCCAUCUCAAAUUUGAACAAGUGCUUAAGGCUUUAUGAGGAAAUUCAUCAGGUGUCUCGUAGAUUCCAGCGGCUUUUCAAUCUGCCACUUUUUCUCAUUUUGGCACAAUUUCUCUUUGCCAUGGCUAUGGUUUCCUAUCACGCCAUUCUGCAGAUGAAUUACGCCUUCAACCUGUGGGGAUUGGUUAUCAAACUGCUCAUCGAUGUGGUGCUUCUAACUAUGUCUGUACAUUCAGCUGUUAGUGCUUCUCGAUUGGUAAAGCGUCUGAGUCUGGAGAAUUUCUAUGUGACUGAGAACAAGGGUCACCAUCAAAAGCUGGAGCUUUUCCUGGGCCGCCUUCAUCACCAGGAGUUGCAGGUGUGUCCUCUGGGCCUUUUCGAGGUCUCCAACGAGCUGACCCUGUUCUUUCUCUCCGCAAUGGUCACCUAUGUGACCUUUCUGGUACAGUACGACAUGCAGUCGCAGCAAAUGUGAUUCAGCGUCACGCAUUGUUUGCGGUAUUACACCCUCCCAAAACCUCGCGAUACACGAUACACCUGCUUGUGGCCAUACGGUACAGCCCGGCCCACCUGUCCUGCGGUUGCACGCAAAUAA